GUCUUUAGCUGUUGACGUCACUAUAGCCCGGUAGAGCAUGCGUAGUUCUUUUUGCCGGGUCUGAGUGCAAGGUCGGCGCCAUGGGGAUGGAGGAUGAGUUGAUGUUGACCGGAGGACCUGAGGAUGAAGAGGAGGAGGAGGAGGAAGAAGAAUUGGUGGAUCCCUUAACAACCAUCAGAGAGCACUGUGAGCAGGUUGAAAAGUGCGUGAAACUGCGAGAAAUACUGGACGCCUGUACAGAGCGAGUGAAUUCUCGAUCGCAAACGCUAGAAACCUGUACUGAGGAGCUGUUUGACUUCUUGCACGUCCGGGACCAUUGUGUGGCUGAAAAUAUCUUCAGUAAGUUAAAGUGAAGUCCAGUACCUGAGGAACUCAACUGUACCAGAAUUCAUAACAGUUGUGGGGAACUUGGUUAUUCACUGAUUUCUAACAGUUUGUGAGAAUGAAUCUUUGUGGUCCAUUACACGAUGGUUCAGGCAUUGCCUCCAAGGUUUACUGUGUUUAUGAUUGAGUUUGGAGCCAGAAAUUGUUUAGUUAUACUUGCCAUUAUAAAUAAAUUUAUUGAAUUCAAACUUGAA